ACUUAAAGGGCUGGCUUAGGCAGCUGCUCACAGUCGCCUGCCGCCUUCAGAGUUUCAGCAGACUACUACUGAGUGGAGCCUGCCAGAGCAGAAUCCUCUCCAGCUUAGCCCGGAGCCUAAAGCAGACAGAACCAGCCUGAGCCAGCCCAGCCCGGUGAUGGAGCGCCCACAGACCGACAGCAUGCCCAAGGAUCUGUCUGAGACCUUGAAGGAGGCCACCAAGGAGGUGCACACCCAGGCAGAGAACGUUGAGUUCAUGAGGAACUUUCAGAAGGGCCAGGUGACCAGGGAAGGCUUUAAGCUGGUGAUGGCCUCCUUGUACCACAUCUACGCGGCCCUGGAGGAGGAGAUAGAACGCAACAAGCAGAACCCUGUCUAUGCCCCACUCUACUUCCCUGAGGAGCUGCACCGAAAGGCUGCCCUGGAGCAGGACAUGGCCUUCUGGUAUGGGCCCCACUGGCAAGAGACCAUUCCUUACACUCCAGCCACGCAGCACUAUGUGAGACACCUCCACGAGGUGGGGCACACUCAUCCCGAGCUGCUGGUGGCCCACACGUAUACCCGUUACCUGGGUGACCUCUCAGGGGGCCAGGUCCUGAAGAAGAUCGCACAGAAGUCCCUGGCCCUGCCUGGCUCUGGUGAGGGCUUGGCUUUUUUCACCUUCCCCAACAUCGACAACGCCACCAGGUUCAAACAGCUCUACCGUGCGCGCAUGAACACCCUGGAGAUGACACCUGAGGUGAAGCACAGGGUGACAGAGGAGGCCAAGACCGCCUUCCUGCUCAACAUCGAGCUGUUUGAGGAGCUGCAGGGGCUGCUGACACAGGACCACAAGGAUCAGAUCCCCUCACAGAUGGAGCGGCUUCGCCAGCGCUCUGGUAGCCUGGUGCAAGACGCUACCCCUGAAGAGAUACCCAGAGGGAAAUCCCGAAUCAGCAGCACUAGCUCAUCCCAGGCGCCAUUCCUCCGAUGGGUCCUUACUCUUAGCUUUCUGAUGGCAACAGUGGCAGUGGGAAUUUAUGCCAUGUAAAUGCAAAUGUGCUGGCCCCCAGGGGCUGUGAACUCUGUCCAUGAAGGGCCUUCUCUCUAUUAGGGAGAUCUUGCCUGGCUCUCUUCUCUUGGGCCUCUAAGACACUUUGGGGGCUCCUAACCCCCUCUCUGCAAUGGAGAAAGAUGAUCAAUGCAUUUUUUUUUCCUUCACCAAAAGCACAUCCAGCCAGUGGCCUUAAGUGGCAGCUGAUCUGAGCCAAGGCUUUGGUUGUUGGCAUCUGUGUAAACUGGCCAUGACCGCUUUCCUAAGGUUUCAUGGCCACUUUGAUAACAGUGUGUAGAGGUGUUCAGUCUUAUGUUUCUGUCUUUGUUUGUUUUUUGUUUUGUUUUGGGGGCAAGAUUUCUGUAGCUUUUGGAGCCUGUCCUGGAACUUGCUCUGUAGACCAGGUUGGCCUCAAACUCAAAGAAACCUACCUGUCUCUGCCUCCCUCCCGAGUGCUGGAUUAAAGACGCACCACCACCGUCCAGAGUGUUUGUCUUUUUUUAUUAUUUCCCCAAUCCCACCAGAAAGGUGGUAUUUUGUCUUGGUUUUUUCCUAACAAAGUUGGGCUGUCUUUUGAGGGGUGGGUGGGAAAGAAGUAUUUAAUAGUUGUAACCUUUGUCUUGAAUUUCUGUAUGAAAUAAUAAAUGACAUUAUCUAACAGUCA